AUGUCGCCUCGACACGGCUCCCGCCUUCCAGUCCGGUCUGCUCUCAUCUCCUUCAACUUGUCUUCAUACGAACUCGUCCAAACGAUCCGAAUCGUCUUUCGAUCAGUCAUCUGCUCCUUCAAUGCCAACAUUAGCCUCCUCAUCGACAUCGCUCCGCGGUCAUUGUUUCGAACACGGUAUCAAAUGUGCAAUAUCUCAUUAUCACAGUCUCGUAGCAAGUUCAAAGAUCUUCUCCGGGCCCAAGCAAGAUCUCCAUUGUACCCUCCUCAUCCCCAACACCUUUCAUCCCCACACUCGACGUCACCUAUCACAUUUAUCUGUACGUUGCCACGAAGCAACCUCGACACACUCAUUGCUUAUCCCACACUGAGUCAAUUGCGGAGCUGCGCAAAUUGGCCCACGAUUUUGAAUGUCAAUGCAAUGCUUGCAUCCAUCCAUCCAUCCAUCCUAAUCUCCUCAAGAGGCGUUUGCACGUGGGCUUUGGUGAUCGAAACUGAAAUCGGUAAACGAGGCAGGUGCGACGCGCGCAGGGCACCGUUUGAGGGGCCGAUGUGCCUGUUCCAAAGCGAGCGACCGUUGCAGAAACAUCUUGAGCCGAGGGAUCGGCAGGCUACCUGGGUGAUAGACUUCACACGGCACCCCUCUGAGCUGACGCGCCGGACUUGGUGGACUUUGCAUUGGCAGGUUUCCCGAUCCGCUGUGCAUCUUGGUCAGCGCAUUGUACUAA